AUGGGCGGCGCAUCGGAGAAGACGCAACCUCUUCUUCUUCCCCAAGAUAUUCUCGUCGGAAUCCUCUCCAAGCUCCCCGCUAAAUCGCUAGUACGAUUCAGGUGCGUUUCUAAAUUCUUUUGCGCUCUCAUAGCCGACCAUGGCUUUGGCGUUCUGCAUCGCAGCUUGUCCUUGACACUUCCCACUAGGGCGGGCAUCCUCAUCGCUAUCAUACAGCCAAAGCGGCUCUCCUCCCGUUCCUCCCAUGUGUAUUACACCAUAAAUUUCAGCCAAGGGCAGCCGGGAAUGCUCCAAGCCAACCGUCUCGGCUACUUGGACGCUGAACCAUUUCUGGAAGGCUGUCUACACUCCUCCUCGGAUGGCCUGAUUUGUAUGUCCAGACCCAAUGGAGACGUCGUUGUUUGCCAACGUUUGCACGGGACAACGUAUUUCCCUUCCGACAAUCCAAUUCCACUUCCCCCAUCCAUCUUUAUCCUGUGCACAGUUGGGGUUUGA